AUGAAAUAAGUCAUCUUCAUAGUCAUAUUAAUUACAUUGACAUUCCAAACACAAUUGUAGUCUAAAGUAGAUUAAGUUAUGGCAUAAAUGGAUAAAAUGGCAUCAAAAAAUGAUUUUUCUAAGCAAUUAGCAGGCCUUAUUGAACUCAAAAUGUUAUAAAGUUCUUAUGUAGAGGAAGUGCUCAAAGAAAUAAAAGGUAUACGAGACUAAUUAAUCGCUGAUUAAAGUGUAGAGGAUUAAGAAUAUGCAAAAAAAAUUGGACAAUUGAAUGUGGAAAUUGAAAUCCUAGAAAUAUAAACAGAGAAACUUGCAAAAGAAUUACAAAGACUCAAUCAAUAAAUAGGAGAAUUAAAUGAAGAUAUUAGCAAACUCAUUGGUACCUAAUAAUCAUAAGAAAAACAAUUAAGCACCUUAAACUCAAAGGAAGAAGAAAUUAGAAAUUAAUACAAAAGUGAGAUAGAAACUCUUAAACAAAGAACUACAAAUAAUAUCAAAUCAAUUGAUGGAUUAAAUGAAAUGAUUGCGAAAUUACAAUAAGCAGUGUUCGCAGAGUAAAAUAAAACAACAGUGCUUUCUUAAUAACACACAAAACAAUAUGUUGAUGAAAUUAGAAACUAAUUAGGACCAAAUCAUCCCUUGACUGCUUUAGUGGCUGUAACUACAAAGUUUGAUGUACCCACAGUUACUAGAAUUAUUCAGUUACUUGAAAAUAUUAGAGACCAGAGAAUCUAGGAAAAUGCAGGAGCAGAUGAAUAUGAAACUAAAGUUACUUAAUCUUACGAAGUUACCCUCAAAGAAGUUACAGAAGUAAGAGAAAGGUUGAGUGCCGAUUAUUCAAGAACUUUAGUCACUUUGAAAAGAAGAAACGAAGAAAAUGCUCUCUCUACAAAGUCUAGAAACUAAAUUUAAAAGGACUUACCUAUCGCUUAGGAUUUACUUUAAUAAUAUAGAAAUGAAAGAGAAAUCGUUUAAUCCAAUUAUAAUCUUAGAUCAGCCAAAAGAGAAAAUGAAGUUAAAAUCAUAACUCAAGCCUAUACUAUAGUAGCUUAAUAAGUUAGAGUAUGA